CGGCCGAGUGGGAACCAGAGCCACUAUACACGCCGCCGCCGCCCCCUCCUCCUCCUCCAGCGGAGGUGCUGGUUCUCCAACCCGUUUAUGGCUUCACACCACACCAGCCGCUGGUAACUCCCGCCACCGCCUUCGUUCCCGUCUGGUUUCUCCUCCCCGUCCCGCCUCCUCCGUUCCUGUUCGUCUACCCCGCCUGGGUCCAGCCUCUCUCGAUUGCCUGGCCGGUCCCGGCGGCAGAGAACAUGGGGAACGCGACCUCCUGCUGCGUCUCGUCCAGCCCCAAACUGCGAAGGAAUGCCCAUUCACGGCUGGAGUCGUACCGGCCCGAUACCGAGCUGAGCCGCGACGACACGGGUUGCAACCUGCCGCAUAUCAGCGACCGGGAGAAUAUCGACGGAUUACAGUACAUAGUGAAGACAGUGAAUUAACUGAUCUAAACAUGGAAUUCAACCCCUCAGACCAUCCACGAGCCAGCACAAUAUUCCUUAGCAAAUCUCAAACUGAUGUGAGAGAAAAACGGAAGAGCCUCUACAUAAACCAUCAUCCUCCUGGUCAAUUGAGAAGGAAAUACAGUUCCUGUUCCACCAUUUUUCUGGAUGACAGCACAGUCAGUCAGCCGAACCUCAAGUAUACAAUUAAAUGUGUAGCUCUUGCAAUAUACUACCAUAUCAAAAACAGGGACGUAAAUGGAACUAUGCUCCUAGAUAUUUUUGAUGAAAAUCUCCACCCCCUUUCGAAAUCUGAAGUGCCACCAGAUUAUGACAAACAUGGACCUGAACAGAAGCAAAUUUAUCGCUUUGUUCGCACAUUGUUCAGUGCUGCUCAACUAACUGCUGAAUGUGCAAUUGUCACCCUGGUAUAUCUUGAAAGAUUGCUAACUUAUGCAGAGAUAGAUAUUUGUCCAUCAAACUGGAAAAGAAUUGUGCUUGGUGCAAUCCUACUUGCAUCCAAAGUUUGGGAUGACCAAGCUGUGUGGAAUGUGGACUACUGUCAGAUCCUGAAAGAUAUCACAGUUGAAGACAUGAAUGAAUUGGAGCGCCAGUUCCUUGAGUUGCUGCAGUUCAACAUCAACGUUCCCUCAAGUGUUUAUGCUAAGUAUUAUUUUGAUUUGCGCUCUUUAGCAGAAGCAAACAACCUGAGUUUUCCUCUAGAACCCCUCAGCAGGGAAAGAGCAUGUAAACUUGAGGCCAUAUCUCGCUUGUGUGAAGAUAAAUAUAAGGAAUUCAGUAAAUCUGCAAAGAAACGAUCAGUCAGUUCAGACAAUCUGGCUGAAGUUAGAUGGUCUCCUGCUGUUAUCUCCUAACGGUGAAAUAUGUAAUACAAGACUCUAGAAGUACUAUUUCUAACACCAACUUUGGGUGGGAGGGUUGGUUUUGGUGAUUUUUUUUUAUUUUUCUUAUUUUUAGAUCUGCCUUUACAGUGCCUCCCCUUUUGUGUAGCACACAAGAAUAACUAUAGGGACUCGUUAAAAAGAACUUUGAAAGAAGAUUUUAUUUUGUUGUUUAUUACAACUCCUCUGCUUUUUGAUGGGGAGAAGGCAAAUACAAAUAUGUGCUUAGAGGAUGAAACUUCAGAAACCAAUACAGGUAUCAUUAAAGAGGAGGAGGAGGAGAAAGAAGAAAAGGCCCUUAACAGCAGUAUGAAAACCAACAUCACAAAAGAAAGUUGAAAGAAGCAAAUAAGAAAGAAGUUGGGCGUGUUCUGAGAUCUUCUUCAAUAUCUUCUACUGGUUUCGCAUACUUUUUUGCUUUUUGAUUGAGGUUGCUUUCUCCUCUGUAACAACCAUGGAGAAGGCAAUACUGUAGUAGCACAACAGGAGCCUCUGAUUAGAGAGUCUGUUUCUUUAGCCCUUAUACUUGGAUAUGCUUUUGUUCAUAAGCUGUUUUAUUAGCUCCCCCCCUUUUAAUUCUUAUAGAUAUUGUUGUUUCUUGUGUGCUUUUACUGUAUUUUUGGUAAAACUGAUUGAUAGUGCUGAACCCAAAGUAUAUAAGAUCAGGUGAUUGAUCAUAAUUUUAUUUUUCCCCUCCCUCCCUUUUUUUUUAAUUUAUAGCAACCAGUUUCAUGAUGCUGCCAUGAGGUGCAUUGUCAGUACUGGUGCUUUGUAUUAUAUGUGGUUGCAUGUGCCUUCCUACCUUUUCUCAGAUAGGUUUAUUUUUUCUUACUGUAAGUUGUUGAAAAGAUUCAGGUGACAGCAAAGCUUGGGCCAAUGUGCAGACAUUGCAUUAGGUAGAAUAGUUCUUUUGCAAGGUUUUUUUUUUAAUCAUUUAGAGAUUGGAUAGAAUCAAGUGAGAAAAAUGCAAUGAAAGAGUGGAGAGUUAGAAUCUUCUUUUGUAUGGCCCAAAUAGUUGACUUUCUUCACUUCCUGGUUCAAUGUUGCAAGCAAUAGCCUCAAGUUUUUUAUAUGUUUACUUUAAAUGGAAACCAAUCUGUUUAUAUAAAAGAGAAAAAAAAUUAAAAAAAAGUUUUUGUUCUGGGAUCCAUAGAAGAAAAGAGAACUAUAUGUGUAUGUGUCUGCUUAGACAUGCACCAUCCAUACACAUGCAGGGGCAUGAGUAUGUGUGUAUAAUAAAAACAAGUGUUAGAUUUUGGUAUAAAAGCAGUUUAAAAAUGAGUUUUCCAGUGUAUAGGAAAUUAAACAAAAUGCAAACUGUGAAAAAAAUUUUAUUGCUUUGUUGAUUAUUUUUUUAAUUUUUUUUUAAAAAACUGGUUCUCAUCCUUCCUAUCUUUUAAUGGGAUAAGCAAAUCCGUAUAUAUGCAGUACUUGUGCUCUAUACAAAUAAUUGAGUUUGCACAUAUGAGAAAGGUGCCAUGUUAUCAUAAGAAAAAUAUAAAGACAACCAACGAGCCAAAAUCAGCUUCAGUUUCAUGACUUGUGGGAUUCACUUGUCAUGUUUCCUUCUGCAAAAAACAAACAGGGAUGUUUUGAUGAUGUUGAUUUUGCUUUUGGUGUAUUGCUUCAGCAAAACAGAGAAAGCAUAUUUCACCAGGAUUUUUUCCCUACAUCUCUUUAUUAUCCCUUGUACUUCAUAUCUACUAGGCUUUUAACAAGGGCCUUGUUAAGGAUAAACAUUUAUUUCUAUAUUCCAGAAGUAUUCCCAUUAAUUUCAGUUGCAGCACAAGCAUAUUGAUUUGGAUCCCAUUAAGCCUUAAAACCAUGAUUACAGGUAGUUUACUUAUAGACAAUGAAAUACCCUUAUUUUCAUGAAAGAACACAUUCAUGUGACUUAAUUUUGGAAGAAAGGAACACGUUCCUGACCUCAAAGGCCUGGAAUCAAGAAGCUUGAAGCUAAGGACUCUUUGCUCUUUUUUUAAUGGAUUUUUUUUUAAGUGUCUUAAUUUCAGGAAAAUAGCAAACAGUGGGAGAAAAGAAUUGCCACUUUUAAAUUGAAGUGGACUAGAUCUACAUUGUUAAAAAGAAUUGCAUUAUUGAGAUUUUGCAGAACAGUUUUUUCCCAGCAAAAAAUAAUAAUUAGGCAGGUGGAUUUAGGGAAAGGGAUGACAGAAAGAGAAAAGUUUGCUUUAUGUAAAGUUUUCGAUGCAUUUAUUCUAAUUUUGUGAAGUUUAUUAAGCAACCCUAAAGAUUGUAUAGUCUGUUUAUUGUAUGUAUGUACAUACAGUCUGAUACUUAAGAUUUCAAGUGGAUUCCAUAAAACCUUGCUCAGUCUUGUUUAGACUGUUGGAUAUUGUUUUAGCUUUGUGCAAUGGAUUCUACCUCUGCAUAGGAGAAUUUUCAACAUUCUUCAACUAGUACUGAUUCUGUGAUUUAACUUGGUUAUGUUUCUUGCACUACAGAUUAAAAAAAGAAAUAUCUUAAA